AAAAAAAAUUGUUCUUUCGUGAAGUUGCGUCAUCCACAUGGUUCUGUUCGUAGUGUGCUGAAAUAUCUUUUAAAUUAAUUAAUAAGUUCGAUAGUAACAUUAAUAAAAAUGCUGUCGGCGACGCGAGUGAUCAGCCGAAAGGCUCUGGAGUGUUCAGGAAUUGGAUCAGACUUUUAUACACAAAGGAAUUUUUCCACAAUUCUCAAAAAUACCGCAGCACCCACAGUUCCUAUUUAUCAGAGACAUGGAGUCCAAUACAGACACAAAUCAGAGGGAGUCCGUGGCGCGGUCAUUGGUAUUGAUCUGGGAACCACAAACUCUUGUGUCGCAGUCAUGGAGGGAAAGACGCCAAAGGUGGUAGAAAACAGCGAAGGUUCUCGCACGACCCCAUCCCACGUGGCAUUUUCCAAAGAUGGCGAACGCCUCGUCGGUAUGCCGGCAAAGCGGCAAGCGGUCACAAACAGUGGAAACACGUUCUAUGCGACGAAACGUCUCAUUGGCAGACGUUUUGACGAUCCCGAGGUGCAGAAAGACAUGAAAAACCUUUCGUAUAAGGUCGUGAGGGCUUCGAAUGGAGAUGCUUGGGUGCAAGGCAGCGACGGCAAAGUGUACUCGCCCAGUCAGAUCGGUGCGUUCGUGCUCAUCAAAAUGAAGGAAACGGCUGAAGCGUAUUUGAACACUAGCGUGAAGAAUGCGGUGGUCACUGUACCGGCGUAUUUCAACGACUCCCAGCGACAGGCCACUAAGGAUGCGGGCCAAAUCGCCGGUUUGAACGUGUUGCGUGUGAUCAACGAACCGACGGCCGCCGCUCUAGCCUACGGCAUGGACAAGACUGAUGAUAAAAUUAUAGCGGUAUACGAUCUCGGCGGUGGUACCUUCGAUAUAUCCGUACUCGAGAUACAGAAGGGUGUGUUUGAAGUCAAGUCGACCAACGGUGACACUCUACUCGGUGGGGAGGACUUUGACAAUGUCAUUGUCAACUUCCUCGUGGAUGAGUUUAAACGGGAUCAAGGUAUAGACAUUCGCAAGGACGCGAUGGCCAUGCAACGCCUCAAGGAAGCUGCGGAGAAGGCAAAGAUUGAACUAUCUGGCUCGGUGCAAACUGACAUCAACCUGCCGUACCUGACCAUGGACGCUUCCGGACCUAAACAUAUGAAUUUGAAGAUGACGAGAUCGAAGCUAGAGUCCCUAGUUGGUGAUCUCAUCAAGCGCACCGUAGCACCGUGCCAGAAGGCCCUGCAAGAUGCGGAGGUCGCGAGAACCGAUGUGGGCGAAGUCCUACUCGUCGGUGGAAUGACUAGGAUGCCUAAGGUACAAUCAACGGUCCAAGAGAUAUUCGGUAGGGCUCCAUCGCGCGCGGUGAAUCCCGAUGAAGCGGUCGCCGUCGGAGCCGCGGUGCAGGGCGGAGUCCUAGCCGGUGACGUCACGGAUAUCCUGCUCCUCGACGUCACCCCCCUGUCCCUGGGCAUAGAGACCCUGGGGGGGGUGUUCACUAAACUGAUCACGAGGAACACUACCAUACCGACCAAGAAGAGCCAGGUGUUCUCUACUGCCGCCGACGGGCAAACGCAAGUCGAGAUCAAAGUGCACCAAGGCGAGCGUGAAAUGGCCGCGGACAACAAGUUACUCGGGCAAUUCUCGCUCGUCGGUAUCCCUCCAGCACCACGUGGCGUGCCGCAGAUUGAAGUGACGUUCGACAUCGACGCGAACGGCAUCGUGCACGUGUCCGCCCGGGACAAGGGCACUGGCAAGGAGCAGCAGAUCGUGAUCCAAUCGUCCGGUGGUCUAUCCAAAGACGAAAUCGAGAACAUGGUGAAAGCAGCGGAACAAUUCGCCGCCGCAGACAAGCAGAGACGUGAACGGGUCGAAGUUUCGAACCAGGCUGAGGGAGUACUGCACGAUACUGAGACCAAGAUGGACGAGUACAAGGAGCAGCUGCCGCAGGAUGAGUGUGACAAACUGCGCGUCGAGAUCGGCAAACUGCGUGAGCUCUUAGCGCAAAAGGACACCGCUGACCCUGAAGCUAUCCGCACGGCGACCAGCACUCUGCAGCAAGCUAGCUUGAAGCUGUUCGAGCAGGCGUAUAAGAAGAUGGCCGCAGAACGCGACAACCAACAAUCGAGCCAGCAACAAACCGAACAGCCAGCUGAUGAUAAGAAGGAAGAGAAGAAGAAUUAAAUAGAUUUAAUUUUGCACACGUUUCCGUUGCGACGAAACCGUUUUUCCGAUAUGACGUUAUCGUUGCGAUGAUACCGUUGUUACGUUUCUGUUGCUAUGAUACAGUUAUUUUUCGUAAUGGCGUUUUCGUUAUGACUUCUUAGUUGAAAUAAUACCGUUUUUCCGAUGCGACGUUAUAGUUAUGACGUUAUCGUUGCGAUGAUACCGUUGUAAAGUUACCGUUGCGACGAAACCGUUAUUAUGUUUACGUUAUGGCGAUACCGUUGUGACGAAACCGUUAUAAUGUUACGUUGCAACGUUAUCGUUAUAAAGUUUCCGUUACGAUAUUUGUGACUUCACUCGUGCAACUUGAAGGAAGGAAAUCUGAUAUAUCAAAAUAGUUUUUAUUUAAAAGCAGAAGCUUUUAUGGUGUAUGUAGAUUAUUAGAAUAUAUGUAUGGAUUGGAUUGCACAGGU